AUGGCUGCGCUGUUGUUCUCACUUCCAAGCUUAGAAUAUUCAAGAAUACUUCGGAUUUCCUGGAUCGUUGCCGUCUUAGCUCACUCAACUUAUGUUAUUUACAAAAGUCUUAAGGGAUCUGUGCAAACUGCUCCAAAAAAGACUCCGAAUUCAUCGCAAGUGCUGUUUUUCCCUGACAAGAAUCUUGUUUGUAAACAGUUUCUUUUCGAAGGAGAAUGCAAUCGCCGACGUUGCCAGUUUGCACACGAAGAAACUUCCUUGAGUAAGCUUAUAAGUGUACUUUUAGAAGCUACAGAAAGCCUUGAUGUGUGCGUAUUUACAAUCAACUGCAGGGAACUUGCAGAUGCGGUCGUUAAACUACACAAUGAUGGAGUUGUUGUUCGCGUGUUGACAGAUGAUGAACAAAUGGGAACAUCUGGUUCACAGAUUGAGAAAUUUAGACGAGAAGGCAUUUUGGUAAGACAUGACCUAUCUUCAUUCUUCAUGCACCACAAGUUUGCUGUUAUUGAUCGAAAACAGCUCGUGAAUGGCUCGUUCAACUGGACUAGACAAGCAGUUACUGGAAACCGUGAAAAUGUGGUGAUAACAAGUGAUCAACGAGUUGUAAACGCUUUCUCAGAGGAAUUUGAGAGAUUAUGGGAGGAGUAUGACCCUUCUCACAGAUCAUAG